GUGAUGUGUGGAGGCAAACCUGAAAAUCCCACCCGGCACGUUGGCUCGUUAUUGGAGAGCGCCUGCUUGGGCGUGUGGAAGGAAAUCCAGAGUCUGAAAGCAGAACACGAGGAACUCAUGCUGAUGCUGAGUCUCCUCAAGUCCUCGAAAAAUGUCCACCUAAACCAGAAAAACUACGUGGAGCUGCGCUUCCUGAUGCAGACCAAGCAGGACUAUGAGACCCUGAUCAGCUCCAUGAAGAUGCUGCUGGCUGAACUGGACGACAAGAUUGUUCAGAUGGAAAGGAAAAUCACAAACCAAAAACAGAUCUUCAUGAAAAUGCAAGAGUCUAAUAGCCCCCGGAAACUGCAAAAACAGAUCCACGUUUUGGAAAUGCGUCUGAAUUUCGUACCUCUCAAGAUCAGGAAGCACGGCAAGCAGAGCAAGGGCGAGAGCUUCGAGAGCUACGAGGUGGCGCACCUGCGCCUGCUCAAGUUCACCUCGAAUGGAGACCUCAACCAGCUCAUCGAGGACUUCAUGGCCAAGGAGGAGAAGAACUUCGCUCGGUUCACUUACCUCACGGAGCUCAACAAUGACAUGGAGAUGGUGCAGAAGAAGACGCAGCAGAUCCAGGACGCCAUCAUCCAACUGCGGUCUCAGCAACAGAUAGACCAGGAUGACAGCCAGCUGGCGCUGAAGCAGAUGGAGGAGAAGGUGAAGGUAGCCACGGAGAAGGCGGAGCUGUGCGAGGCCCGGCAAGGGGAGCUGAGCGGCAUGCUGAGCCAACUCAAGGGCUCCCUGGAGAAGCUCUUCCAGAGGAUUGGCUGCGACAACACCGAGAUCCAGGGCCAUCUGGGCGAGAGGGGCACCAUCUCCGACCUCAACCUCCCCAAGUACUUAGCCAUGAUAGAGAAGAGAACCAACGAGCUGCUGCUGCUGGAGGCGCAGCGGCGGGCGAAGUACGCCCCGAGGGCAGACGUCCCCGGGGGCUUCGUGAACCCCUUCUGGGGUGGCUCGGCACUGCUCAAGCCCCCCGAGCCCGUGAAGGUGACCCCCCCGGCGAUGGGCUUCGACCCCUUCAUAGAGAAGCUGGACGAAGUGGAUCGGCCGCUGGAGCACAGCGCGCUGCGGCAGCUGGUGCUGGAGAGUGGCUUCAGCAUGCGGGACAGCAGCAGCAGCCGCGAGGGCCGGCGGGACACGCGGGACCACGACAAGGCCAAGAAGGGGGGCCUCUGA